AUGCCGUGAACUUCUCCUUCACGCGGCAGUUUGAUCUCGACAUAGGCAAGGAUGCUCCCUCCUGGUGUAGGUGCAAAAGCCUCUAUCGUACAACAUACACAAGCUGACAGAUGGCAUCCGACAGUCCCUGGUUCACACAUCACUGGAUGUGCUGUAAUAUGGAGACCCUGGACUUAUGUGUCAGACAGUCAGCCUAAAAAAAAAGCUACUGGAUCCAGUCAAGUGUCUGCCAUGCAAGGCUUUCAUCAUCCAGUGAGGCUGUUCAUGCCCAGAUCUAAGAUCCAGGACUGUCUGUCUGACCUGGGGAGGAAAGUUCUGACCAGCUUUCCUGUUCAAGCCACUCUACACUUUUAUAAUGAUGACUCGAGCUCUGAAGAGGAUGAAGAUGAAACAGACUUGUGAAAGGACAGGUUAUCCUGGUAGCCGGUUUCAGGAAGCAGGAAUGAUGCAUGAAUACACAGCGAGACUGAGUUACGGAAACACGCUGUGCUGAUACUGUUUACUCAAAUAAAGCAUAAACACACCUUUAACCCGAGUAAGACGAAAACGUACUCCAUCACAUUCACCUUCCUCAGGAAUGCCCAUGGGACUCAAAUUGUGAACAGGUUUAAAUUCAAGCAUGUGUAAUUGUGUACAGUGCAUGCUAUUAUAAUAAUUAUUAUUUUUUUUAGGUUAAAUGUAUUAAUAAAAGUAUUUGAUUUGUAUUAUUUUGUUAUACAUGAUAGUAUUUGUAUUGUUCUUAUGUGUGUAAAGAAUAAAGAUUUAUUUUUAAAGUUCAGAACACUUUUCAUGCGCGUUCGUUUUGCAUCACAUCAUACGUAUGAUUCAAACAU